CUCGGGUAGCUGAGCAUACAUGUGUGUUUAGUUAGGUGUGUGUGUGUAUGUGGCAUUCACAGCCCCCCUUCCCUCAGUCCUUGUUUGCUUAAAAUCCUGCGGGACAGAGAGGGAAAAGUAUGAACACUGAGACAGUCAGAAGUGGAGAGACAGUGGGGGGAGAGCACUGGGGCAGUCUCAGAGAGUAAGACACCAGGGUGAAGAGAGUGAAGGAGGAGAAGAAGAAGAAGGACAAGAGGAGGAACAGGAAGGAGAAGGACACUGGGAAAAGGCUACGUGCAAGGAAGUUCUGAAGGGUCAAACACUAUGCUCCCUCUAUCGGCUGCUCUCUGGGCGUUUUGCACACUCUCCACCAUUGUUCCCACAUGGACCCAACAAACCGCAGCGCCCACCAACCGGCCCUCCGCACAGAGCAGUCCUCUGAAGUUCCGCCUGGCAGGAUACCCGCGGAAACACAAUGAGGGUCGGAUAGAAGUCUUCUACAACCAGGAAUGGGGCACCAUCUGCGAUGACGACUUCACAAUGGAGAACGCGCACAUUCUCUGCCGUCACCUGGGAUUUACGGAGGCAACUGCAUGGACGCACAGCGCCAAGUAUGGGAAAGGAAUAGGUCGGAUCUGGCUGGAUAAUGUGAUAUGUACAGGAAAAGAGAAGAGCAUCGCUGACUGCAAGUCCCGGGGCUGGGGCAACAGCGACUGCACCCAUGAGGAAGACGCUGGGGUCGUGUGCAAGGAUGAGAGGAUCCCCGGUUAUGUGGAGCCCAACACUAUAGAGGCAGAACAGAGACAGCUAGAGGAGAUCCGAUUGCGUCCGGUCAUCGCCAGCGCCAAGAACCGACUACCCAUCAAUGAGGGCAUCCUAGAGAUCAAAUACAGGGAUACCUGGGAACAGGUGUGUGAUGUGGGUUGGACCCAGAAGAACAGUCACGUGGUCUGUGGAAUGAUGGGAUUCCCAUCUGACAAGAAGUACAACAAGAACUUUUACAAAGAAGUUAAAACGUCUUCAAACAAAAAACGUUCCACCAAGUCAAAGCGUCGCCACAGAAGACGUGUGAAGAAACAAGACGCCUCCAAACGAAUCUCCAAGGUGGUGGCUCCAAGCCCAAGAUCCCCUCCUAACCAAGAUCCUCAAAAGAAGGACCUGAAGACCAACAACAGGCUCUAUCUGGACAAACAGAAGCCAUCGUUUCGCUUGCACUCGGUGAAGUGCUCAGGCACAGAGGUUCACUUGUCUCUGUGUCCUUUUGAGUUCUACAAAGUGAACAGCUCAGCUGCCUGCCAGGAUGGGGGCCCAGUGGUUGUAAGUUGCACUCUUGGGCCCGUAUUUGCAGCUCAAAAUGCAGCUCAGACAGCAGUAAAGAAGAAGAAAGUGGUACAACAACCGCAACGAGAGGAGACCAUCCGACUGAAAGGAGGUUCUCGCCCCGGUGAGGGUCGUAUUGAAGUGUUGAAGAAUGGGCAGUGGGGCACCGUGUGCGAUGACCGCUGGGAUCUGCAAGCAGCCAGUGUGGUCUGUAGAAUGCUGGGCUUUGGAAGUGCCAAAGAAGCCUUAACUGGUGGUCGCAUGGGUCAAGGUAUGGGCUCCAUUCACAUGAAUGAGGUGAAGUGCACCGGACACGAGCAGUCCAUCUUGGACUGUCAGUACAAGAACAUCACAGAAGAGGACUGCAAGCACAGCGAGGACGCCGCCGUCAGGUGCAACAUCCCAUACAUGGGCUACGAGAAGACGAUCCGCCUGGCAGGGGGUCGGAGCCAGCAAGAGGGGCGGGUGGAGGUUUUGUGGGGUCCACGUGGAGAAGAGCGCUGGGGAUUUGUUUGUGGAGAAGGCUGGGGAACCAGAGAGGCUGCAGUUGUCUGCCAACAGUUGGGUCUAGGAUUUGUCAGCAGUGCCCUUCAGGAAACCUGGUAUUGGGACGCCUCAAACGUGACGGAGAUGAUUAUGAGUGGAGUUCGUUGCAGCGGCACAGAGAUGACUCUUCAGCAGUGCUCCCGCCACAAGUCAGUCAGCUGCAAAAACACUGCCACCAGGCACGCGGCUGGAGUCAUCUGUUCUGAGAGUGCUUCUGACCUCAUCCUACACGCACCUCUUGUCCAGGAGACCGCAUAUAUUGAAGACCGUCCACUACAUAUGUUAUACUGUGCAGCCGAAGAGAACUGUCUGUCCAGCACUGCCCGCCAUGCCAACUGGCCUUACGGACACAGACGGCUCCUCCGCUUCUCCUCCCAGAUACACAAUAACGGGCGAGCUGACUUUAGGCCCAAAGCUGGCAGACACUCCUGGGUGUGGCAUGAGUGCCAUGGGCACUACCACAGCAUGGACAUCUUCACUCACUACGACCUGCUGACACCCAAUGGAACUAAAGUGGCUGAGGGCCACAAAGCAAGCUUCUGCCUGGAGGACUCUGAAUGCCAAGAGUUGGUCAGUAAGAGGUAUGAAUGUGCCAACUUCGGAGAGCAGGGCAUCACCGUAGGAUGUUGGGAUUUGUAUCGUCAUGACAUUGACUGCCAAUGGAUCGAUAUAACUGAUGUGAAGCCAGGGAACUACAUUCUUCAGGUUGUCAUUAAUCCCAAUUUUGAAGUGGCCGAGAGCGACUUCACCAACAACGCCAUGAAAUGUAACUGCAAAUACGACGGGCACCGAAUCUGGAUACACAACUGUCAUAUAGGCGACGCACUCAGUGAAGAAGCUAACAAGCGGUUUGAACAGUAUAGGGGACAGCUCAACAACCAGAUCCUUUAACGCCACCAUGAAAGUUCCUUCACCUCUUGCAAGCAUCAUCCAAGAAUCCUCAACAUGGUCAUUUACAGGAGGAGCUGUUGGGGUCUGGUGAUGUGGGUGUCCAUUACCUGGUGUCAUCUCACGUACUAUCCACGCACUGGCGGCUCGGUGCUGGAUCAGCCAUCAUACUUUGUUUUUGUGCUCAUCUCUUGGUGCUAAGCUGAGUUGUUGAGGUGCACAAGAUGGGAUGUAAGGUGAACACCACACUACAUAUCAGCCGCUUCUGAUAUCAACCCAAAAGCCAGCGAAGAGGCUGUGAACUGUACUCUGAAGUUCCUUCAGGACUUCAGUGUCUUUAAACAACCCAUUUACUAAAGAUGUACCGACAUGUUCACAUAUAGCCAUUACUUGUGUCCUCUACAUUCUAUGGGUGCUACUAACAUACAAGUCUUCUGCUCGUCCUACGAGGUUUACAUUCUGUCACACGAUGGGCUGCUCCCACAAAUCUAUGGUUAUUUUUGCUAUUAAAAGUUGUGGGUUUUUCUCCUAAAUUCUUCCAUUUUGAACUGGUGACUGCAGCAAAUUACUAAAAAUGGCCAAUUGCAGUCAGAGGUAUCAGUCACUACAUAAUAUACGAGGCAGGACAGUGACUAUCCAUACACUAUAAUACUCCUGUCCUCAGGGCCCACCUGCGAUCAGGAUUUGAGAAUAUCCCACAGAAUGAAUCGCUGGUCAGUCCUGAUGCAUGGACACUAAUUGUAUCACCUGCUCAAUACUAAGGAAAUCCAGAAAACACAACCAUCAGGUGGGCCCUGAGGACCACCGCUAAACUACACAUGGAUGUCGGCACUGUUCUUAUAUAACAUGCCUAAGCCCAGACUCUGCAUUAUACAGCAGAACACUACUCACUAUACAAGCCCAGGCACAGCCUGGAAUCCCCGCACGUAGAGGACUUCCACAAAUCAGAGAAGUGACAGCAAUGUUUAAUGGCGGAACGUUCUGCUUAAUGAGACCUCAGAUCUCAAACAUGACAGGAAAUCAUUAUGAUUAAUGGUGUUCUUCCAGAUCAAGUAGAGGAAGACAUUCUGGAACCAGCUGGUGCCGGACCUUUGCUGGAUGUAAAUUACAAGUGUAAAAAUGUAAAUGUUUCUGAGAGACAUGAAAAGAACUUGGCCCCAAGUAGAGAGCUGCCAGGUAUGUCGGUGCAAGGGACGAGGAAACACCAAUAUGGAAGAGGAGCCUGGAGUGCACAGAAGAUGAGGGCUGUUCCUGGUCAGCUGUGGGUAAAAUGUGGAGGGAGUAUAAAGAAAAUGGGAAGGGUAUAAACAGAAAAACUGGUAGCGUGAGGAUGAAGUCAGAUCAUCAGGACAGAAAGAUGUACAACUAAAGAAAUGAGUGAAAAGAGAGAAAUCGGCUGAGUGCGAGAGGAUUUAUCUAUGGAAAAGACAAACAUAAAAUACCUAUACCGGAGAAAAACAAGGUGAGGGCGGUAUCCACACCUAAACCGGAGAAAACAAGGUGAGGGCGGUAUCCACACCUAAACCGGAGAAAACAAGGUGAGGGCGGUAUCCACACCUAAACCGGAGAAAACAAGGUGAUGCCGGUAUCCACACCUAAACCGGAGAAAACAAGGUGAGGGCGGUAUCCACACCUAAACCGGAGAAAACAAGGUGAGGGCGGUAUCCACACCUAAACCGGAGAAAACAAGGUGAGGGCGGUAUCCACACCUAAACCGGAGAAAACAAGGUGAGGGCGGUAUCCACACCUAAACCGGAGAAAACAAGGUGAGGGCGGUAUCCACACCUAAACCGGAGAAAACAAGGUGAGGGCGGUAUCCACACCUAAACCAGAGAAAACAAGGUGAGGGCGGUAUCCACACCUAAACCGGAGAAAACAAGGUGAGGGCGGUAUCCACACCUAAACCAGAGAAAACAAGGUGAUGCCGGUAUCCACACCUAAACCAGAGAAAACAAGGUGAGGGCGGUAUCCACACCUAAACCAGAGAAAACAAGGUGA